UCCUUCGUGAAAACGCCUUUAAAAUGGGUAGUAGCAAUUGCAGAGACUGCUAGCGGGAACGCGUAUUUCUUCGGCUUUCCUUUUCUCUAGGGUUCCUCUCUCACCCCCUCUCUCCUCUUCUCUCUCCAUCCGACCGUUCGUUUUCUGAGUUCUGUCUCCGUUCUGAACCUUCAUGACCGAGCUAGAAAAUAUGACUCCACCUAUUGAGACCCCAAACAAAGCUCCUGACACUCAUAAAUCGUCCCACCCCCACCUACCUCUCAAUGAAAGGAUCCUUUCAUCUAUGAGCAGAAAAUCAGUUGCUGCCCAUCCUUGGCAUGAUCUCGAGAUUGGACCUGGAGCCCCAACUAUAUUCAAUUGUGUGGUUGAAAUCAGUAAGGGGAGUAAGGUGAAAUAUGAACUUGAUAAGAAAACUGGAAUGAUCAAGGUUGAUCGUGUACUAUACUCGUCAGUUGUUUAUCCGCAUAACUAUGGCUUUAUCCCUCGUACCCUUUGUGAGGACAAUGAUCCCUUGGAUGUCUUAGUUAUCAUGCAGGAACCUGUUCUUCCAGGAUGCUUUCUUCGGGCUAAAGCUAUAGGCCUCAUGCCUAUGAUUGACCAGGGUGAGAAAGAUGACAAGAUAAUUGCGGUAUGUGCUGAUGAUCCUGAGUACAAAGACUACACUGAUAUCAAGGAGCUUCCACCACAUCGAUUGGCUGAGAUCCGUCGCUUUUUUGAGGAUUACAAGAAAAACGAGAACAAGGAAGUGGCAGUUAAUGAUUUUCUACCUGCCGCAAAGGCUUUUGAAGCUGUCCAGCAUUCCAUGGACCUCUACGCUGACUACAUCGUGGAGAGCUUGAGGCGGUAGUUUGUUGCCGUAUAAAACAUGUGAUGAUGUUGUCAUAUAUAGGCCUUGUUCAUGGUCUUGAUUCUUGAAGAACUCUCUUUUUAGGCAAUGAUUGGAUACGUGGAUUUUCAUCGUACGUGUCCCAGUACUACAUACAUUUUCUGAUGAAUUUGUUCCUUUGUAAUUUGUGACGAUGGCCAAAAGAGCUCUGUUAUAGUGUUUUACCAUUUAUAGUGUUGUAACAUACAAAAGACAACUUUUGCCAUGUAACAUUUUGCAUCCUAUGCUUGCUUAAUUGCCAUUUUCUAUGGUAAAACCUUUGCCAUGGGAAUGGCUAGUGGCUUCCCCAAAUGAAGCUUUACAAUUUCCUGCAA